AUGGCGCAUGAUCUCAAUUAUUUCACGUGCACUCUGGGGCAGGCCGCACAAUACAAGCAGACAGUUCCAGAAAACGAGCAGGCAUUCGACACUGUUCUUGACUUGGUCGAUCAACAAGCUGAGGCACUUGUUGAUAGACCUGCACUGGGCUUCGCCGACUACACUCAAGAAAAUGAAAAGCCGUUGUCUUUCAGUCAACUGCGUGACCUGUCAAUUCAAGCCACCGAGGUCCUGCUGGACUGUUUGAAAACACGCGAACCAGCGACUUCCUCAGAAACCAUAGGCUUGAUCUGCGCAAGUGGCCUGGACUUUGUUCUCACAUGGCUUGGCUUAAUGCGACUGGGCUAUACAGUUUUCCUCCUAGCGUUAGUCUUGGGCCAUUACCAUUCCCUGAGGUUGUGUUCUGAUGCUGAUUCUUCUAUCAUUUUCAUUGAUGACUAUCACUACGAUUCGUUCAAGGAAGCACAGGACGACACGCUGUCUCUUUUGAAAGUGCCCUCAUUUUCGCAACAGGCCAAGCCAGACUAUCAAAUUAUUUCAAACGGGCUGAAGAAGCAGGCCGAUACUGCUUACCUGCGACACACUUCUGGGACUUCGUCUGGUCUGCCGAAGCCCAUCGUCCAAAGCCAGCUAGGUGCAGUCGGUGUUCUUGCCCGGUUGCCCAUGACAGAAAAUCCAAUCGCGACAUUCUCCACGACUCCCCUGUAUCAUGGCGGCCUGGCAGACUGCUUCAGGUCCUGGUCAUGCGGUGCAUCAAUUUGGUUCUUCCCCGAGGGGAAGGCUCCCAUCACUUGUGCGAACAUACUCAAGGCUGUACGCUUCGCACGAGACAACAGCUCCUCUUCCGGUGGUGACGACGUGCGCUAUUUCUCCUCGGUCCCCUACGUCCUGCAAAUGCUCAGCGAGGAAGAAGACGGGAUUCGCAUGCUCAAGACAAUGGACCUCGUCGGUGUCGGUGGCGCAGCUCUCCCCACGGUCAUCGGCGACCGACUGGUUGACCACGACGUGAGACUCGUCUCGCGCAUGGGCAGUACGGAAUGUGGCUUCCUAUUAUCUUCCGACCGAGACUACGACGAGGACAAGGAGUGGCAAUAUCUACGCUGCGCUGUGGAUGACCCAGAGAUAUUGGCAUUUGAGCCACAGGCCGGCAGCGACCUGUGCGAGCUUGUCGCAGGGCCCAAGUGGCCGCUGCGGAACAAGACGAACCGCGAAGACGGAUCCUUUGCUACUUCUGACCUCUUUGAGAGACACAAGUCCAUACCCAACGCGUGGAAGUACCACAGCAGGUCUGAUGCGCAGAUCACCCUUGCGAACGGGAAGAAGUUCGACCCUGCACCGCUGGAGGACGCCAUGAGAGCAUCCCUCGGCAAGGUGCUGCAGGAUGUGCUGGUGUUCGGGGCAGGCAGAGAGUACCCAGGGGCAAUACUGUUUGGCAGAUCCGCGAGCGACACUGAGGAAGCCAUCUUGAACAAAGCGUGGCCCGCCAUUGAGGAAUUGAACAAGAGCUCUUCAAGCCAAGCACGGCUCUCGAGGGCAGCACUAGUCGGCGUCGUGCCGCAAGACACAGGCGACGAAGCAAAGAAGCCCCUUGAGAAAAGCAGCAAGGGAACGCUACUGCGGAAGCAAGCCGAAGAACGGUACGGCAAGCUGAUCGAGUCGGUAUACAGCUCACCAAACUCAUCUUGCACGCGUCGCGACGACGUUACAGACGAGGAAAUUCCAAACGCCCUGCUGGAAGAGUGUAGCAGUUUGCUAGGCCGCAACCUUGAUAUGGAUGAAGACCUGUUUCAGCAGGGGGUUGAUUCCAUUGCGUGCAUUCAGCUACGCAGAAUGAUCGCGUCGACUUUCUUGUCGAAGAAGCAGUCUUUGCCCUUUAACAUCAUUUACGACUGCGGAUCGAUCAAAGCGUUGGCGGCUCACAUCGCAAAAAUAAGGAAAGGUCAAGCUGGUGUAAAAGAUGAGGAAGACAACCGCCAGGAGGAAUUGGACGAGAUGAGAGAGCUUGUGAGAAAGUACAGCAACGCUAGCCCAAAGAUUGGCGAGGGCGGAUCCGUGCCCGACACGGUUCGCAACGAUCAAAAAGGCGAAUCGCAGCCCGACACAAUUGUCCUUACUGGGGCGACUGGACUACUCGGAGCACACAUACUCGAUGUGCUUGCCACAAAAAGCAGUGUUCGGAGAAUAUACUGCUUGGCGCGUGGCCGGGACAAACACGCGGCCAGGGAGCGAGUCCGGAAGGCCUUGGCCCUUCGGGGACUCAACUCAUGGGACCCCGAAGAAGAAAUCAUCGUCUGCUUGCCUGCAGACCUGACGAAGCCCGACCUGGGACUUGAGGAAGACGACUGGUCCAGAAUCAGGAGGGAGACAAGCAUCGUCAUCCACGCAGCAUGGACAGUAAACUUCAGCCUGCGCCUCAGAUCCUUCGACAGCCAAAUCGCGGGUGUCAGGAACCUACUCGACCUCGCUGCUUGCACCUCUGGCCCGAGCCCUGCACGGUUCUACUUCGUCAGCAGCACUGCAGCAGUCGGCGCCAUGAGGGGAACAGGCGUGAUCUGCGAGGAACAAUCGUCCGACCCGGCCGACGCUACACGUAUCGGCUACGCACAGUCAAAGUGGGUGGCAGAGCAAGUCUGUGCAGGAUCAACCAUAGCACGGCCGGGUUCGGCAAAAACGCCAUCUCAUAACACCAUCAUACGUAUUGGCCAGCUGUGCGGAAGCAGCAGCAGCGGCGUGUGGAACGCAAGCGAGGCAUAUCCCUUGAUGCUUUCCACAGCUAACAUCACAGGCGCCCUCCCGAGGCUGCCAGAGCAGGGACUGAACUGGCUACCGGUUGACCAGGCUGCGGCGGCUGUCACAGAUGGAUGCCCUGUUUACCAUGUGCUGCAGCCUCAUAUGCGUCCCACAUGGGCCGAGAUGCUGGAAUGGCUGUCUAAGGCGGAGACCGGACCUCGAUUUUCGGUGGUUCCUUCCGAGGAGUGGCUUUUGAAGCUGCAGGAAGCUCUUGGGACCGCCGGCGAAACAGAGGACUCCGGAGGGCAGUCGCAGAAACAACAUCCUUCUGCAAGCCUGCUCUCAUUCUGGCAGGAUCGAUACAGACCCACCACCAGCGGGGAGAACGACAAGAAGGUCAGCGUGGAUGAGACCGCAGCGGGAUCGUAUCUGAACAAUGACUCUUCAGAAGACACAACCAAGAGAGGAGGAGACCAAGAUAUUGGACAGGGAGAACUGCCGGAGAUGUCAAGAUUUUCCGUGCGAAAAGCACAGCAAGUCUCGAAAACCAUGGCAGCUGUGAAGUCCCUGACAAAGAGUCAGGUACUGGCGAUGUGGCGAUGGAUCUGUGAGCAUGUCGGCACCAGAGAUUGAACGAUGCGG